AUGAGCUCAAUCAGGAUGGACGGAAUCCUCUCCCCCCUCGUCAUAUCCAUCAUAGCCUUCGCAGUAGGCUAUCAAGCCCAUUCCCUCCUAUCUACUCGUGCCAGCCCAUCUUUACUCACUCCUACCGACUCCUCAUCCAGAACCAACUCAAAUUCAAAGAAUGAUACCAGAUCUGUCACCUCGAGCUCCGGUUCGGGAACAGAUACAGAAUCCGAUGCUGAAGAUACAGCUGCAGCAUUAUCAUCCGACUUGACAUCAACCAAAUUUAAUAGUUCAGAGGAGAUGAAGUUGGUCCUAGUGGUGAAUGACGAGUUGAAAAUGACCAAAGGGAAGAUUGCCGCUCAGGCUGGUCAUGCGACAUUGGCUUGUGCGAUGACGUUGAAAGAGGCUAAUCCGAGGUUAUUCAGAGCAUGGCAGAACCAAGGUCAACCGAAAAUAGCAUUACGCUGCGCCAACACCGAAGAACUAGAGAUAUUAGCAGCUCAAGCUAGAAGUUUGAAUCUUUGUGCUCGGACGAUAAGAGAUGCCGGAAGAACUCAAGUGGCUCCUGGGUCGAAGACCAUCGUCGGUAUUGGACCAGGUCCAGCAAGAAUUAUCAAUACAGUUACGGGGAAGCUCAAGCUUUUAUAG